AUGUACGCCAGGAAGUCAGAAGGAAAGGAGCUUCGCAGAGGAAGGUCUUUGGACAACAGGACCGUGUCCAGCAGCUUCGGGAGAGGCUCCACAACCAUCAUCUUCACUCUGAAAAACGAAGUCGGUGGUCUCAUAAAGGCUCUGAAACUUUUCCAGGAAAAACACGUCAACCUCAUCCACAUCGAGUCCCGAAAGUCCAAACGAAGGAAUUCCGACUUUGAGAUCUUUGUGGACUGCGACACCGACCACGAGCAGUUCAAGGAGCUCGCCGAGCUGCUCAGGAAGCACACGGACAUCGUGGAGAUCUCGCCGCUCGACGGCUCCGCUCUACCCGAGGACGAUGUGCCCGGCGUGCCGUGGUUCCCCAAGAAGAUCUCAGACUUGGACUUGUGUGUAAACAGGGUUCUGAUGUACGGCUCUGAACUUGAUGCAGAUCAUCCGGGAUUUAAGGACAACGUGUACAGAAAACGAAGACAAUAUUUCUCUGGUUUAGCUAAAAACUACAAACACGGCGAGCCCAUCCCUCGCGUGGACUACACUGCAGAGGAGGUGCGUACCUGGGGCGUGGUGUUCAGGGAGCUCCACAAGCUGUACCCGAGCCACGCCUGCAGGGAGUACCUGAAGAACCUCCCCCUGCUGACCAAGUACUGCAAGUACAGCGAGGACAACAUCCCCCAGCUGGAGGACGUCUCGCACUUCCUUAAAGGAGUGGUGCGGGUGCAGCCCAGCUUCGCUCAGUUCUCCCAGGAGCUCGGUUUGGCGUCGCUUGGCGCUUCAGAUGAUGAUGUAAACAAACUGGCCACGUGUUACUUCUUCACUGUGGAGUUUGGGCUCUGUAAGCAGGACGGCAGGCUGAGUGCGUACGGCGCGGGGCUGCUCUCCUCCGUCAGUGAACUCCAGCACGCUUUGUCCAGCAGUGCCAACAUCCUUCCUUUUGACCCCACGGUGACCUGCAACCAGGAGUGCAUGAUCACCACGUUUCAGCACGUUUACUAUGUGGCCGACAGUUUUGAGGAAGCCAAGAACAAAAUGAGGGAGUUUGCCAAGACGCUUCGACGUCCCUUCACGAUACGCUACGACCCCUACACUCAGAGCGUGGACGUCCUGGAGGACACCAACAACAUCAACAGCAUGGUGAAGGACAUCCGGCACGAGCUGGACAUCGUCGAAGACGCUCUGAACCGACUCAGCAAAAAACUGCAGAGCGUGUAAAGAGGUGCUCGCAGUAAAGCCGCUGACAGCCGAACACUGCUUCCACGCCUCUGCUUCUGCUGCUGCAACAAAACACCUCCUCCUGAGGGGGAGGGGCCUCCUGAA